AUGGCGUCUUAUCGUCCUAUCACUCCCAUUUCUACUACAUUUCCCCAACCAGUGACAGCCUUGUCCUUUGACCCCGUCUCUGAUAUCCUAUGGGCCGGGUCACAGAGCGGCAUUGUUACGGCGUAUGUCAGCGAGGGCAUGAGCGGCGUCUCUUUUCGUGUUUCGGAUUUGCCGGUUCUCAAGGUUGUCGCCGGAGAAAGCUAUGUACGCGCUGCGGGAAGUAGAGGUCUUGGUUUUGGAACAUGGGGAAAAGGCGGAGUGAACAAAUGGCAUUAUCGGUCGUCUACGCCCGUCCUAACCUUCUCGACGUCAACAAAUUCGUCCAAUGUCAUUGGAGUUUCUGUCGUCGGUCCCGAACUGUUGUUAAUCAAUCCUCCAACCGGUACUGUCGUACGGCAAACGCAAACACCUUCGUUGAUUACGCACCUCGAAUUUUCUCACUCAAGUCUCAUAUCUGGUGCUGUCGAUGGCUUUGUGCGGACCCAUGAUCCUCGAACAGGCAUCGCCAGGUCUGGCGGUUCAGAACAUAUGGUGAGGGCUCAUCCGAGUGGUAUCCAAGGCUUGCAAACGUCGGGAAAUUUCAUCUUCACAAUCGGACUGCAAACUCGACAAGGUCGUCCAUUUCCUGAUCAGCUUGUGAAAGUGUACGAUUUGAGGACGAUGCGUGCACUGCCGCCAUUCCCAUUUCCCGCCUGGACCCGCAUUGAUACAACAUCAUACCUGACCUCGGUCGCUCUGUCUCCUACCGGUGCAUACAUGGCCUUUGGAGAUGCUGAUGGACUGAUACAUCUGUCUACGCAAGUUGAUGAAGGAGGCCUAGUUCCCUUCAAUGGGUUUGAAGGGCAGCCCGUGGAAUGGGCCAACGUUCCUGCUCCGCUACCGAAUAUUGAGUGGUCUGAUUCAAUCCCAUUGAACUCCAUCGGAAUGCCUCAUUAUAGCUCGCCGCUGCUAUCGUCUUGGAGUCCGCAAUUCAUGACAUCCAAUUUACAUUAUCCUCCGCCCCCCAAGAUACCUCUUCAGAUUCUGAAUUCAGUAAAGACUAACGAUAACAUCGCUUAUGCUGCUCUACCAAAGGAACUGCGUGGACGCCGGAACGUAAUCUCUGUGGCCCCACGUAAGCAGAGCGCAAGGUUCCGCAGUGGAAAAUCUCAUUCUGUUGAUGAACCCGACACGCCUUUGUUUGGCACUAGUGGUGACGAGAUUCCAAGCAUGUAUCGUCAUGUCGAGAUCGAAUACUCGAAAUUUGGCGUGGAAGACUUUGACUUUGGAUUCUAUAACAAGACUGAGUAUAGUGGACUUGAAACGCAUAUCCUUAACUCAUACACCAACCCUAUGCUGCAAGCCAUGCACUACAUUCGGCCUAUUCGCCGUUUAGCAAAAUCUCACAUUUCUACUGAUUGUAACAGAGAGCACUGUCUUCUUUGUGAACUCGGUUUCGUUGUUCGCAUGCUCGAAGAUGCUCGUGGCACAAACUGUCAAUCAAGCAAUUUCUGCAAGACCGUUGGCGUCUUGGCACAAACAUCCAACGCCAUUGACUUGAUUGAUUACGGACGAGAGUCUAAUGAGGUGGACCAUGGUCACAUGAUUCAGUCAUUCCACCGUUUUCUCGUCGACCAUCUGAGCUCUGAAGGCAAUGCGUUUCCUCGAAAUCCUGUCCUUGUCAAACGCCCUUCAUACAUUCCCGACCCUUACAAUCCUGCGGCCGCCCCAAUUACUCAGCUGAUGGGAAUCGAUGCUCGGAAUGUAAUCACCUGCAUGAAUUGCAAGGCUGUACGAACUAAAGAGAACGUAACGCAUAUAGUCGACCUCGUCUACCCGCGCAAGGUUGCAUCUAAUGAGGUUCAACCGGCAAACGAUUUUACUAACAUCUUACGGGAUUCGUUACUACGGCAAAUGACUCACAAGGCUACCUGCCAGACGUGCAAACAGUUUUCAACGUUCUCUUCCCGGAGGUCCAUAGCAUCCGCAGAUCUCCCAGCCAUUCUGGCGGUUAAUGCAUGUGUGAAUAGUGAGGACAACUUGAAGACGUGGAUGGAUCGACGGAACCAGACUUUCCUGCCGUCACGCGUGGAACUUCAGGGACAAGUAGAAGGUGUGGACGAUCCAGAAAAAAUCGUGUACGAAUUGCGGGCGAUUAUUGUUCAAGUUAUUACGGAAGACGAGCACUCGCAUUUGGUCGCUCUUGUCAAGGUGCCCGAGGCGGAGCAGGGUCUGGACAGUCCCUGGUAUUUGUUCAACGACUUUGUCGUCCGUAAUGUCUCCGAGGAAGAAGCCCUUAGUUUUCCCAACAAGUGGAAGGUGCCUGCAGUCCUCCAUUUUGAGCGUGAAGACAUGCGCGACGCAAUAGACUUCAGCGAGCUACCGUUUACCUCGGAUGAUUCCAUCCUCAGCCGAGACACAUCUAUAUCAAUAAACCGCGACUCUAAUCUUAUCAAACAUGAAUGUCUUCGGUAUGAAGAACUUCCUCGACCGGGGACCCUGGUUGCUAUCGAUGCCGAGUUCGUGUCGAUGCAGCAGGAAGAGACCGAGUAUCGGUCUGAUGGAACGAAGAAGGUUAUUCGACCUGCUAGACUCAGCCUUGCGCGGGUAUCGCAAGGCGUGCCUUUCAUCGACGACCAUAUACAUACAAGUGAGGUCAUUGUCGACUAUCUGACGGAAUUUUCAGGCAUCCGGUUUGGUGAUCUCGACCUUCUACGAUCACCGUACACCCUCACGCCACUCAAGGUCGUGUACAAGAAAUUGCGACUUUUGGUAGAUCGGGGGUGCAUAUUCAUAGGGCAUGGAUUGUCUAAGGAUUUCCGUAUAAUCAACAUAUUCGUUCCGCCUGACCAGGUGAUCGACACAGUCGACCUCUACUUCCUGAAAUCACGACAAAGGCGUCUUUCCCUUCGUUUCCUAUCGUGGUUUGACACGCAUGAUUCCAUCGAGGAUGCCCGCUCCGCGUUGAAUCUGUACAAGGCAUAUCAUCAAUUCGAAGAGCAGGGUAUCUUCGAUCAGAAAUUGGAGGAACUUUACAAGGAAGGGCGACAAUGCAACUUUAAGCCGCCUCCUGCCAAUCUACUAUUGGAAGCGCAGCUUGCGCAGAUGUAUCCUACAGGGCACACUCCGUCGGCUGCACGCAUGCCAACCCCGGGAGCGUUCAUGCAACAUCCCAACGUGUUGAGGCAUCGCGGGGAUGAGCAUAGAUAUAAGCAUCCAAAUUAUCAUCGGUCUAGUCGGUAG